CAUGUUAGACAUGUCCUGAGCCCUGUGUGUGAUGUUUGAACACCGGAGAGGGAGUUCAGGAAUAACUGUGAAAGGGACCUUAUUGCGCACUUUAUGGGUACCGACCGAUCCCGCUUCAGGGCUGUCGCAGAUCGGCGAGAAAUACGUGGGCGAGGAGAUGAAGAGGGCACUGUUCGGUGUGAAGAACAUGAAGGAGGUCAUGGAGAACAACGACGAUAAACACAGGCAUCUCAUGAAGUCCCUGAGGCAUAGCAUUGAUAAGAAGAAGGAGGUGGAUCAGCUUGCCAAGGAGGUGGAGCAGAAUCUGAGGGAGGCAGAGCAGCAGUGUCAGAGGUCCUUGAAGACCUCCUGGGAGAAGUGCCAGCCUUGCCUGGAGGACACUUGCAAGACCUUCUACACAUCCACCUGCCGCCGGGGAUUCUCCUCCUUCUCUUUCAAGGUGGAGGAGUUCUUCCGCAGGAUGUCCUCCCAGUUUCUGUCCUUUGACAGCCAAGAUGAGCCAGGUCAGCAGAGCUCAGAGAGCCCAGAUGGGGACCUACAGUGGGUGGAGGACUCCUUCACAAGCCUGCAAAACAAGGUCUAUGACCUCUACGACAAGGCGGUUAUGCUGGUCUCCAGCAUGAGCAAGGAGCUUGAUACUGCCUUCCAGGCAACCUUCGCUGCCAACUCCACUUCCAGACUUCUCUCUCCAGACCAGUCCGUCCUAGAACCUGGGUUCUUCCAGGGCAUCAGGCUGGACGACGUGCUGGAAUCCCUCUUCGACUUCGGCAGGAGUGUCAUCGAGGAGUUCAGCUCCGUGAUCACCGACGUCUUUGACCAGACGCCACAGGACUCUGAGCGGGUCUCAGAGCAGCAGACAGGAACAGGGAUACUCCCAAGCCGGGCUCCUUCCCAGAGUAGACAGCUCUGCAGGGAUCUGCGCAGACAGAGUUCCGAAUGCUGGCAGCUGCAGGACCACUGUGAGUCCUGCCAGGGGGCACUGACUCAUGAGUGCCCGAACGUGAGGGAACUGUCCACGGAACUGAACGAGGUAUCCCGGCUGCUCAACGAGUCCCGGCAGCAGUACCAGGAGAUGCUGCAGGUGGUGCAGCGGCACGCGGACGACACCAUCACCUGGCUCACCGCCAUGGCUGCCAGGUUCGGCUGGGUGGCCGAGCUAGUCAACGGAACCAACGUCGACCAAGACAUUUUCACCAUUGCCGCUGUGGUACCACACAACGAGGAUAUAGGCAACGGCACAGCCUUGGAUACCACGGUGGAGCUGAACAUCCUGAGCUCACCUAAGCUCACCCUCUACGUCCCAGCGGAGCUGCAGGUUGAAGAGCCCGCCUUCAUUCAGUACCUGGUCAAGGACGCCCUGGACCGAUACAAGCAGAUGGUGAGGUAA